AUGGCGAGCAGCAGCUCGCCGUGUAAGCUCGUCUCUUGCGGCGACAACCGCCACUUCAUGUUCCGGGUUGACGGGGCGGCGAUACGCCGGCCCGUCGGGCGCAUAGUCAAGGAGACCUGCGAAAUCGGCAAUGGCUACACAUGCGAAGCAUCUCUUUUCGUGCCGUCAUUACUGGGUGAGAGAAAGGUGAUGAUGAUUCUGGCCGUGACGGUAAACAGCGACCGAGCUCAGUCGUUGGCGAGAGCGCACAAGGUGUUCAUUGACAUGGCACUCUUGGACGAUACCAAGUCGCCUGUUCUUCCGCCGUUCGCCAGAUCGGUGAUGUCGCCGUCCGCCGCUGCAGGUAGCAGUCCUAAGCUGCCGCCGCCCGUCGCCGGGAGCAACCUAGCUGCUAGCUGCAAACUGGUAGCCUCGAGGGAUCACCUCUUGGCCAACUGUGUAAAAGGCGGCAUCCUGGCGGCGUUGUGCUGGGUUGUCUUUGUUCCCUCGUCGCCGCGGUCGCCGUACUCGUUGUUAGCCCACUGCCUUGCCACCAUGUCAAACGGUCGAGACCUCACCGACGUCUGCUUCGACGUCGACGGCAAGAGUUUCCACGCGCACCGCCUCAUAAUGGCGCGUCAGUCGGAGGUGUUUAGGGCAGAGCUACUUGGCUCCAUGGCCGAGAGCAAGAUGGAGUGCAUCACCAUCUCCGACAUGAGCGCCUCCACCUUCAAGCACAUGCUCCACUACAUCUACUGCAACGACCUGCCCACCUGUGUAAAAGACACAGACGAUCAGUCCUCCUGGAUCUUCGAAUUGCAGCACCUGCUCGUCACCGCCGAUCGAUACGGAGUGGAUACGUUGAAGGAUUUGUGCGAGGACACGCUCUGCGCUGACAUCACCACGGACACGGUGACAUCAACACUGGAGCUGGCGGAGACGAGAUCAUAUCCGAAGCUAAGAACGUCCUGUCUUGUAUUCCUAUCGAAUACACAAAAUUUCGCCGAGGUGGCAACGACUAAGGAGUACUAUAAUCUGAUACAGAGCUACCCGAGUGUGCUGUCCGAGAUAAGGAACAGGUUUAAGAGACCACGGCCGUCUCUGAUGCUAGCUCCGUCAACCGUCACCGAAAAUCAAAACAAGAGACCACGGCUGUCUCCUAAGCUAACUCCAUCAGCCGACACCAAAGAUGAAAACAACCCUUAG